AUGGUAAGGCAUAAUAGAGAGAUAUUGACAGGCGGUAAAAACUAUGCUCAAAAGCAGAGUAAAAAACAUGCAGUCAAUGAAGUUGUAUUUGAUAAAGAAUCAAGACAAGAAUAUUUAACGGGGUUUCAUAAAAGAAAACUACAGAGACAGAAAAAAGCUCAAGAAUAUAAUAAAGAACAAGAAAGGUUGGCGAAAAUUGAAGAAAGAAAACAAAUGAGAGAUGAAAGAAAACAAAAUCUUGAGACUCAGCUAAAGGAAUUUAAUGAAAAAGCAAAAGAAAUUGCAAUGAUUAAUGGUGAUUUGAAAAGUGACGAUGACGAUGAGGUAUUGAAUGGAAAAGAAGACGAAGAUGAAUGGACGGGAUUUGAUGAGGAUGAUGAAAAUGAGGAAGGACGAGAUACAAAUGUACAAAUUGAAGAAGAACCAAUUCCACUAAAAGGAAUAUUACAUCAUAAAGAAGUAUAUGAACAAAAUGAAGAACUACCGAAUGAAUUUGGAGAUGAAACAACAGUAACAAUAGAAUCAAUAAAUCAUCCAAUAAUAGAUAAUAAUGAAAUUUUAGAAGCAAAAGCUAAAUCAAAUAAUGUUAACUUAAAUAAAUCAAAUGAAAUCUUGGAAAAAUCAAUAGAAAGAGCUAAAAAUUAUGCUGUUUUAUGUGGAGUUUCUAAACCAUCAAAAGACAAAAAGCCAAAGAAGAAAUUUAGAUAUUUGAGUAAGGCUGAAAGAAGGGAAAAUACUAGAAAAGAAAAGUCAAAGAGUAAAUUUAAAGGUAAAAAAUGA